AUGGAUCCCCAGAAAUUGCCCGCAUACCCACCCCUUUCUGAUGUAGAACGCAUAAUACUCAAGGAAAAGCGCGGAAACUGUGUACCAGUGUACGUGGAAUUGCCAGGAGAUCUCUUGACGCCAUGUGUGGCAUAUCUGCGCAUAGCAAAGGACUCAAAGUAUAGCUUCCUUCUCGAGUCUGUGAUUGCGGGAGAAAAUAUUGCGCGGUAUAGCUUCGUUGGGGCAGAUCCUUUCAAGGUGGUGAAGACCGGACCUAAUGAAGAGAUUACUGGGGAUCCCAUGACAGCACUCCAAAAGGAACUCGGAGUAUACAAGUACGUGAAGCUCCCGGAGGUGCCUACUUUCACAGGUGGUGCGAUCUGCUAUAUUGGAUACGAUUGUAUCCAGCACUUCGAACCCAAGACUACUCGAGCGGUCAGCGACCCUCUCGGUAUCCCCGAGGCUAUCUUCAUGCUAGUUGACACUCUCAUCAUCUAUGACCACCUAUACCAAAAUGUGAAAGUCGUCUCGCACGUCUUUUGUCCGGGAAAUACAGGCAGUGUCAAUCUUUCAUUCAUCUACCAAACGGCAGUCGCGAAAGCACGCAGGCUAGCGAAGAUGGUUUUAAACUCUGCGACACCGGAGGUGCCCCAACCACUCAUCGUCCUUGGAUCCGAAGCUGUAUCGAAUGUCGGGAAGGAGGGUUACGAAGGAUUUGUCACCAAGCUGAAGCAGCAUAUUGUCGCAGGCGAUAUCAUUCAGGCCGUGCCAUCCCAACGACUGUCACGGCCAACAUCCCUACAUCCAUUCAACGCCUACCGACACUUGCGACGGGUGAAUCCCAGCCCGUACAUGUUUUACCUAGAUUGUGGUUCAGUGCAGCUGGUGGGAGCAAGUCCCGAAACGCUAUGCAAAGUCGAGCAAGACAAGGUUUUCAACCAUGCUAUCGCAGGUACGAUACGGAGGGGCAAAUCCCGACAAGAGGACGAACAACUGGGCGCCGAGCUUUUGUCCUCCGAAAAAGACCGAGCGGAACACAUCAUGCUAGUUGAUCUGGCACGGAAUGAUGUCAAUCGGGUUUGCCAGCCCAAGACUGUAAAAGUCGACCAUCUGAUGCGACUAGAGAAGUUCAGCCACGUAACUCAUCUGACUUCACAAGUGUCUGGGCAGCUUAGAGAGGGAAAAACGAGAUUUGAUGCUUUUAGAUCAAUUUUCCCGGCGGGAACUGUAUCGGGAGCUCCUAAAAUCAAGGCGAUCGAACUUAUAUACGAGUUAGAACAACAGCGUCGCGGCGUAUAUGCUGGUGCUGUGGGUCGAUUCGACUUUGCGGACGACGAAAUGGACACCUGUAUCGCCAUUCGCACUAUGACAUUCAAAGACGGCAUCGCAUAUUUACAGGCCGGUGGUGGUAUUGUAUUUGAUAGCGUCGAGGAGGAUGAAUAUAUAGAGACCAUCAAUAAGCUGAAAGGAAAUGUUCGGGCAUUGGAACAAGCUGAAAAAUAUUGGCAUGAAAUCCAGAUUGCGGCCGGAAUGACCGCAACACAGCAAUGA